UUGUCCCUGGCAGGUGCCUGCCCAUAGCACCGCCCGCCGCCUAUCGCUCCAUUUUAGUGCGGGUUUCUUCUCUUCCACCACCACCAUGGCCAGCUACGACGAACGUCUUCUCGACUCUGCGCCAGUCGUGACCCGUGAGGCGAAGCAGGAAGGGUACAAUGUGGAUCUGCUAGAUGACUCGCGCAGGGCGGGUAGCUCCUCUCCAGAAACUCGUGCGCCACUCGCGUCGAACCACGGGCACGCCGAGGCUGCGCUCGCCUCGAAGGAACAACUAGCCCCGUAUCCGGCCGCAAGGCCUAUCCCCUGGUGGAAGACGAAGAAGUUUAUCGUAUUCUCUGUCAUCUUUGCCGUUGUUGCCAUCGCCGCUAUCGUUGGUGGCGCAGUAGGCGGCUCCGUGCACCAUCAUAACAAGUCCAACUCCACCGAUACGUCUGGGUCUCAGACAUCCUCCUCUCCCACUGCGACCGGUACCACGGCGGCGAACGCUACUAGCGGCAACUCUAACCAAAACGGUGGGGGAAACUCUACGAACAACAGCGGGGGUAAUGUGGGACCGAAUGUCGGUUCGGGCACUUCCAGUCUUGCUACAACCACGGGUAGCAACUUCAAUCCAGCAGCCGUGGCCAACCUCGCCCAGCCAACAUCAGACGUUGGUGUGGUGGCCGGAGAGAUUAAUUGAAGUGGGGCAAUGGGCUAAAGGACAUGUAUUCAUGCUCGUACUAGGGUUUCGGUUAUACUUCAUGCUUCACGGCUACUCUUUUUUCUUGUAUUGUUGAGGUCUCAGGUCCGCAUUUCACGGUGGCAGCGCUGUUGUCCCCGUCCGAUUUUCUAUUCAUUUUAUCACGCGCACCAUGCGAAUAUGCUGUGUUCCUUUGGACUGUGCCUCCUUUGGACUGUGCCUCCUUUGGCUGUGCUUUAGUCACUGCUGUCUGCCAGGCACGAGCUGACAGCUACUCCGUAGACCACGAGGCGCUCUAUCGAUGGCUGUUCGGCUUGGGAUGAGUUUGUUCCAGCUCUGCGGGAUCUGCGCAAAAUUGAAAAACAAGUGUUCU